AUGGGCAGAGCAGAUUUUAUAGAGAAAGAGGCCGAGGGCCCAAAGCCACUUCUCCAAAGUGUCUUUUCUCACUGCUGUUCCUGUCUCCUAGCGCUGCUGCUGGAUCUGGUGCUGGUGGCCGUGGUGAAAGGGCUCGUGCGGCGCCCGCGGCCCACGCACAACAAGAUGGACAUGUUCGUCACCCUCUCCGUGGACAAGUACUCCUUCCCGUCGGGCCACGCCACCAGGGCCGCCUUGGUGUGCCGCUUCGUCCUGCACCACCUGGUGCUCGCUGUCCCGCUGCGCGUGCUCGUCGUGCUCUGGGCUCUCAUCGUCAGCAUCUCGAGGGUCAUGCUGGGCAGGCACAACGUGACAGACGUGCUCUUCGGCCUGCUGCUGGGCUACGCGCUCUACAGCGUGGUGGAGUACUGCUGGCUGUCGCCGCUCAGUGCGCCCGCGCUCUUCGCGCUCUGGAGCCGCUGACGG